UUCAAAUUGGUUGGUUGCCUUCCUCCUUGUCAGUCAGAGGAGCGGUUUCCACAAUUGGUGAGCGGCUGUCCCCCCCACUUUAUUUUGCUGGGCGUCUACGUGUCAGCUUGAUGUUUGACUGCGAGAGCAUCUCGAAGUUUUAGGUGGAAGAUGUCGGAGACUAACAGAGCCGCAUGUAGCGACGGAGACGAGGAGCAGGUUUCUGGUGCUGAAGUCAUCGCCCAGGCCCUGAAAACGCAAGAUGUGGAGUACAUGUUUGGCAUCGUAGGUAUCCCAGUGACCGAAAUAGCCGUUGCGGCCCAGAAGAUGGGCAUCAGAUAUGUCGGGAUGAGGAAUGAGCAAGCGGCUUGUUAUGCUGCCUCUGCGAUUGGAUAUCUGACAGGCAGGCCUGGCGUAUGCCUUGUUGUUUCCGGUCCAGGUCUCAUCCAUGCUUUGGGUGGUAUGGCAAAUGCAAACAUGAACUGUUGGCCCUUGAUUGUGAUUGGUGGUUCUUCUGAAAGAAGUCAGGAGACUAUGGGAGCCUUCCAGGAGUUUCCUCAGGUUGAAGCUUGUAGAUUAUAUAGCAAGUUCUCUGCCCGGCCAAGCAGCAUAGAGACUAUUCCCUCUAUUAUUGAGAAGGCAGUGAGAAGCAGCAUUUAUGGUCGUCCAGGUGCUUGUUAUGUUGACAUACCUGCAGAUUUUGUGAACUUGCAGGUGAAUGUGAAUUCUGUAAGGUACAUGGAGUGUUGCAUGCCACCUCCUGUUAGUAUGGCAGAGACCUCCGCUAUAUGUAUGGCAGCAACUGUUAUUAGAAAUGCCAAGAAGCCCCUUCUUAUCAUCGGGAAAGGUGCUGCUUAUGCCCGUGCAGAGGAGGGUAUCAGGAAAUUGGUGGAGCGGUGUAAAUUGCCGUUUUUGCCCACCCCCAUGGGAAAGGGUGUUAUCCCUGAUAACCAUCCGAACUGUGUGGCUGCUGCCAGAUCCAGGGCUUUGCAAUUUGCUGAUGUAAUUGUGUUAUUUGGUGCCCGAUUAAAUUGGAUUUUGCAUUUUGGACUGCCUCCAAGAUACCAGCCAGAUGUGAAGUUUAUCCAGGUUGAUAUCUGUGCAGAAGAAUUGGGGAAUAAUGUAAAGCCUGCUGUGACUUUGCUAGGAGACAUAAAUGCUGUCACUAAACAGCUUUUAGAACAAUUUGAUAAAACGCCAUGGCAGUAUCCUCCAGAGAGCAGCUGGUGGAAAACUCUGAGAGAAAAAAUGAAGAGCAAUGAAGCCGCAUCCAAGGAAUUAGCUUCCCAAAAAUCUCUGCCUAUGAAUUAUUACACAGUAUUCUAUCAUGUUCAAGAACAGCUACCCAGAGACUGUUUUGUAGUAAGUGAAGGAGCAAAUACUAUGGAUAUUGGACGCACUGUGCUUCAGAACUACCUUCCUCGUCACAGGCUUGAUGCUGGUACUUUUGGAACCAUGGGAGUUGGUUUGGGCUUUGCCAUUGCAGCCGCUCUACUGGCUAAAGCUAGAAACACAGGUCAGCGGGUCGUCUGUGUGGAAGGAGACAGUGCAUUUGGGUUUUCUGGCAUGGAAGUGGAAACCAUCUGUAGGUACAACUUGCCCAUCAUUCUUUUGGUGGUGAAUAAUAAUGGAAUUUACCAAGGUUUUGAUGUGGAUAGUUGGAAGGAAAUGUUAAAAUUUGGAGAUGCUACUGCAGUGGCCCCUCCCGUCUGUCUUUUGCCAAACUCACAUUACGAGCAGGUUAUGACUGCGUUUGGAGGCAAAGGGUAUUUCGUACAAACACCAGAAGAGCUCCAAAAAUCACUGAGGGAGAGUUUGGCAGACACAACUGCACCUUCUCUUAUCAAUAUCAUGAUUGAGCCACAAGCCACGCGGAAAGCCCAGGAUUUUCACUGGCUGACACGCUCUAAGGUAUAAAGAUGUCCGGGAAUUGUCGUGAGGAGUUUUCUUUCCUCUCAGGUCAUGAUCUCAUGGUUUCAUGAGUUCGAGCCCCACAUUGGGCUCUGCACUGACAGCGUGGAGCCUGCUUGGAAUUCUCUCCCUCUCCCUCUUUUUGCCCCUCCCCACUUGCUCUGUCUCUCAAAAUAAAUAAAUUAAAUUAAAAAAAAAUGUUCAUACACUAUACCUUUUGACCCAGGGAGCCCAUUUAGAGAGUGUGUCCUAAAGAAAGAAUAAAACAUUUUGUCAAAUAUUUAUAUAUAGGGCCAUUCAGCACAAAUUAGAGACAGUGCCAGUGUUUAAUAGUAAGACAUUGGCUACAUAUGUUAUGACCUAUUGACCUCGUAAAAUAAAAAUUGUGUUAAUGAGUAUGUAUAGGGAUACCUGGGUGGCUUAGUCAGUAAGCAUCUGACUUUUAUUUCGGUUCAGGUCAUGAUCUCAUGGGCAUGGGUUCGAGUCCCAUGUUACCCAGUGUGGAACCUGCUUAAGAUUCUUUCUCCUUCUCCCUCGGCCCCUGCCAUGCUUGCUCUUUCUCUAAAAAAAGAGUAUAUAUAACUGGAUGAAUAAUCACAAUAUAAUACUAGUGAAAAGACAAGCUACAAAAUGGAUGGAUCCAGGUCAGGGUAUACACCUAUACUCGCACAGUCAUACAUACAAAGAAGGAAAAAGAUGGGCACAAAAUAAACCAAAAUUUUAAUGUAAUGUGUUGAUGGAGUUAUAAGCAAUUUUUAUUUUCUUUAAUUUUUCCUUCUUUUACGAAAUUUUAAAAUAAAAAUAUUUAAUUUUUAUUAUCAGGAACAGACAUUAUUUUAAAAGGAUAUUAGAAAUUGAAAAGUAUCAUUUAUGAUCUGGAAUUUUAUAUGAAUUGGAGCAUAUGACUCUAUCUCAAAGUUCAGCUGGUUUGCAAUAUACACAUAAGACUUGUCUCCAUUGGCUAUUUAAGGGCAUAAGUGACUUCUACAGAGUGGAGUCCAGCUUUGAGAUGUCAAGACACUUGCGGGGAGCUGUGGUUUUACCCAGUGAGCCCCUGAAAUUGGGCAAACACACUUACAUACUUCUGAGGUACACACUGGAGGGCCUGGGCUGCAUAAAAGCAUAGAGAAUAUCAAAAAGAGUGUUGAGAGUGAGUAGGUCGUGUAACCUUGUCAGUGUCCUACUCUACCCAUGGAUGUUUGCCUCUGGCAGCCAAGUGCAAUGCAAGAUUUUGCUGUAAAGUAGUGUAGAAGCUUUGAUGAAUAUUUGUGAACUGAACUAUGUAAAUCUAAAUACUAGAUAUAAUUUGGGGAAAAUGCUUGUUCCCUAGCCACAUUUAGCUCAAGAGGAAAAAAAAACCAAACAUGGUAACACAUUAGUAGACUAUCCAGCAGAGGUCAGUCUGAGCAUAUGAAGACCUGAUUAGUCUAGGAGCACUUUGAUGACGCUGUCCAUUGACUACCUAUUUUGUAACAGUAAUCUUGAAAUUGGUUUCCUUCUAAGAAUCUUCCCUUAGAAGGAUAAGAUAUUGAAGAAGCCCCUCUAAGAUAAAUCUACUGGUUGAUAGUCAAAUUUACCAUGAUACAACAUUUUGCACCUCCUAGUUGAUUUAAUGAACACUCUUAUGUGAUCCUGGUAUGUUGAAUACUCAAGUGUCUCAUAAAAACUGAACUUUGAAAGAUUUGGGUUGCUUUCUUGAUUUAGGAAAACUAAAUCUGGGGUGGGAAACGACUUCUUGGGUUAGUUCCUCUACUCAUAUUCUUUCUAAAAGCUUUCCUACAUCAUGAGAUUGUUUGGGAAUUCAGAAUGCUACCCUGAAACUCCAAGCCCAAUGCCUGGCCUAUAGAAGGCAUGCUGAUGUGACUGUGUUUUAGGAAUAUAUGACUUUAGAGGAGACACUGGCUGAAUUACAUCCUGCCUUGAGCAGUGUGGCUUCAUGUUUUAAAUAAAUGGGUCUUACUUCCCCAAAUAAGUCAUUUCCUGGAAAACAGGGGUUGUGUGUUUUUACUUACCUUUUUUUUUAAGUUAUUUUAUUUAUUUUUCUAAGUAAUCUUUACACCCAGCAUGAGGCUCGAACUCAUGACUCUGAGAUCAAGAGUCACAUGCUCUUCUGGCUGAGCCAGCCAGGCACCACUGUUUUCCUUCUUUAUACAGCCACCUGCUCUGCAGGGGUUCACUAAGUAAUCGUUGAAUGAGAAUUCAUGAUGGUUGGAAAUAGCUCAGUGGAUACCUUCUAUGGUUUUUUAACACAUGCACCUUUGAAGUAGCUCCGUUUAUCAUGUGAAGUGAGUAUAUUUUCCUUAGGAAAAAAGGUCUCAACUCUGUUACAAAGAAUUAGUAGGACUUUUGAACCCCAAAGGAAAAUGAAAAUACGGAUUCCAGAAAUGUUUUUGUUCCUUUACUAUUUGCAAGACUCUUCACUAGGCAGCAGGGAGCAGUGCAUUCCCGUGUGGAAGUGCCAGGUGACUGAAACAAAUGGAAAUUCAGAAUGACUAGGGUAGGUAGCAUUUCAUUUGAACGCAUUAAAGAAAGUUGGAAACCAGUUAAAUUCUAGAUGGGAAUUAUGACUGAGAAACUCUGCUACCUGCGUUGGAAAGUGAAAUGUAUACAGAAAGAAGUCUGAAGCAUCUGGUGUUUCCUGGUUGCAUUUGCUGCUGCUAAUGUGAAUAAUGGAGUAAUGAGGAUAAAGGAAAUUGAAGAUCCUAUGAAUUCUCCCCAUUGAUGAGGUGCAAACAAAAGUAUACCUUGCUUAGAUUCAGAUCUGACAAGCAGCGCUGUCUACACCUCUGGCUUCCACUGGAUUAUCGUAGGAUCUUCUGUCCCUUCUAAGGCCUUUUCCAGGAGAGGGGCUAGCCAGUCAGUGAACCCAUGUUAAAUCCAGGUUGUAAAUUUACUCCAAUUAGGGAGCAGAAAAAAGGCACACCCAGAAACCCCUGGAUCUUCAGUUUCGAAGUUUGAAGGAAACAUUCUAAAUUUUGACUCAGGCCUGGAAAUAUCCACAGAGAUGGCAUCAUCCACAAUUUUGUACUUUGUAUCCAGCAGUCACUAAGAUGACCUGUGGUCUAUGGAAUGGUUAAUCAACAGCCAUAUGGCUCAUGCCCUGGUCCCAGCAGUUUCCUGGGAAUUGCCUCCCUCCCUCCACUGAUGAAGGUGGACUCAGGAAAUCAGAUCUGAUUUCACCUUAGCCUGAAUUUUGCUCAUGCUGUUUCUACUGCAGUGCCCUGUGCACACCUACCAAUUUUUGCCAUGUGAAAUCAGCUAUAUCCUUCAAGGUCUAGCUCAAAAGACCCCUCUUCUGUGAAACUGCUCUCCCUCCCAGCACUCCUACAACACCCUGUAUGGGCAUCUGUCACUAUUCAGAAUGUUCGCAGUUAAUUCCCAUUGCCCUCCCCCACUCAACUGAGUGUCUGUGUACCCAGAUGUCACCCACCCCUCAUCUUCCAGGGCCUGUGUCCUUGUGCUCCUGUUUGGCAUGCUCCUCUGAGUUCACCCCUGAAGAGUCCACUUCCACAUGGCAUAUAGCAAUCUAAACGUCACAGACAUUUUCUUGCCUGGGAGGUGACCCAGGAGGGGGUUAUGUACCAAAAGCUGCAUCAGCCUCAACCAAGGGUGCAGGGUAGAUAGAUGAGCCACCAAGAAUCAGAAGCCCACCCUUACGCCUGGGUAUUAGAUGAGCCCCACGAUUCUUAGAGCAGGGUCGGGGAGGAUGGCUGUGGGCCAUGAGGCCCUGACAUGACUGAAGUCGAAUUACUAAAAAUAAAUACUUUUUUCACA